AUGUCCGACGCGAACAAUCCGCCGCCCGACGCUCAACGCGCCGACGACCAAGUCAGGACGGCCAAUGCCUCGAGCCCGGUCGGACGUGAGCAACCUGGGGAUGAUCAAUUGAUCCGCACCGAGACCUCGAUCACCGCCAAGAUCAUCACCACGCAAAGGGCCAUCUCCCCGGGGACCACCUUCUCCGAGAUGACCACCUCUACUUGCCCCGUGGUUGACGUGGUCUCCCAGCGCACCGGCGUCUCGGCUGCUCGUCUCCGGUCGGCGAGCCGUGGCCGUGGGAGCACCCAGACUGCCCGCUCCAGCUCCGUCCACACGGCCCGCUCGAACAUUGCCACCCCGACGGCCCACACGGCCCGUUCGAACCUCGCCACCACCCCAUCGCUCCACACUGCCCCAUCGUCGUCCAUUUCCGGUGCCGAGACCCAGCCCCUCGUCCAUCCCUCACAAAUUGUGGCCCGCGUAUCGCCGUCGAUUGCCACGGCUCGUCUCCAGUCGCCCAGGCCCUCCAUCACUCCUUCGCAGGCUCGCAGG